CUCAAAUUUGUACUUGGUACUAGGUACAGUACUUGAGUAAAUGUACUUCUUUAAAUUAAUUAGUUGCAGUAUCUCAUCAGAAAUUAGCAGUUUUCUUCAAACAGUUUUAGAUUAUAUUCUACAUACAAACUACUAAGACAUAUAGAGAUAUAAAAUACAAGAUGUUAUUACAUGCCAAUGGUAUUUUCCUGUAUAAAAUCUCUUAUGCAAUCCUAUAUAAUUUAAGUACUAACCUGCAGCUGCUGCUGUAAAGACGCCUGCCUGCUAGACACAACAUGCCCGACUUACUUCAGCUCUCUCCUGCAGCACUUGUUGCCUUGGAGGAGAAUUUUAAAACAAAUUUGGCAUAUAACGUCAGAUCAAGCCUUCAGUUUGUGCAUGAAACAAGUCAUAGUUUUCCUAUUUAUUUAAGCAGUGAACCACACACACACCAGCAGCAUGCCUCACCCCCAUGUUAUGAAAACAAAAGCUUGGAUUAAUGCUGAAACUUGCCCUUUGUAGGUGCGCUCCAGGUCUAAGUCUUCUUUAAGACAGACUUCAUGGACAAGGAAAGGGAAUGUGCACACUGCGUCCUAUCUGACCAUGUGGGACACCCCCACCCUGCCCUAAGGAGCAUGGGAAGGUGGAAGAACCUUUAGAUUGAAGAGAGCAGUUCAGACACAGAUGAGCAUGAGGAGGUUUUUCCAAGCACACAGGGACGAAGACCACAGUCAGAUCCAGUAUCUGACAGCCAAGUGCACCCGCCUGGCUCAUGAUAAAGUGCUUGACAGGGAGUUCCUGGUGUCCAGAGACAGGGAGAGGAAGCUGCAGAAUGCACUGGAGGCUACGACCACUCGACUCCUCCACCAGGAGCAGCUGAACAUGGAGCUCAGGAUGAAACAUGACCAACUCAUCAGCAGGAUCCACCAGCAGCAGGACCUGGUGGACUUGCUGCAGCAGCGUGUGGUCCUGCUGGCGGGGGAGAGCUUUCGGGACGGGGAGCUGCUGCGGCAGGUCGGCUCAGAGCUGCUGUGCCUGCAGAGCUCUGAGGUGAAGCUGCAGGGCCUGGUGGAGCAGCUGCACGCUGAGGCCCAACACAGAGCUGUGGUGGCAGACAGCCUGCAGGCAGAGCUGCGCAGUAAGACAGUGGAGCUGGAGGAGCUACAAGAAACCAACAAAACCUUGACGGAGGAGCUGAAGGAUUUACGCACCGCUCAUCAGAAGAAGGUGAGGGAACUGCAGCAGGAGAAUGAGGGAAGUCUGGGGAAACUACAGGAGACAGCAGAGCAGUUUGAAUGGCUCUGUCAGCAGCAGCGCUACUGGAUGAGUUGUGUCAAGAGAUUCAAAGACUGCCUGAUGAAGGAGAGAGAAGCUCUACGGGUCCUCAUGUUGGAAAAGAACGCUGAGAAACCGAGGAAAAGUUUACAUGACGACUGUCCCACACAGGGCGUCCUCUGUCCCCUGCAGGACUCUAAAUGCUGUGACAGCAGUAGAACAUCGUGGGACGCAGGUGCAGUGGCUGACCUGGAGUCUCAGGUGGAUAAGUCAAACACGCUGUAUGAGGAGCUCUUUAACCGGGCAGGGAGCCCUAUCAACGGAUACCAAAAACCUCCUUGAGGACAGAAGCCUGGAGCCUGGACUCGUCUUCUUUUUCUCUUCCCACCUUCUGCAAACCAGAAAAUAACUACUAGAUGUUUGUGUGUGUGGUUAGCUUUGUGGAAUACUUCCCAGUCAUUGUCAAAAAACCUCCAAAACCUUGGAAAAACAUACCUGUGAAACCAUACAUUCACUGUUCUUCCACUAUUGUUCACCUGUCUUAAAAAGAAUGUGCUUCAUGAUAUAUGACUGAAUUAAACACUGUACAGUUU